CAGUUGCUAGUUUUUGUUAUUUAACAAAUCGGCUUCUGUACUUGUGGGAUAGGAUUAAAAUUAUUGGCAUCUUUUUAGUAUUGAUGAUUAAAGAAAACAAUAAAUAUUUGCAUGGAUAACGCUCGUAGCUCAAAAUUUGGGGGGUUUUUUUUGUUUGUGCGUGUGUGUUUGCAGUUAAGAAUUGGGAAAAGAAUUAAAAACCUAGUUUUAUUAGUUUGCAAAGUUUUUAUUUCUCAUUGCUUUGUAAAGACUACCUUUUUUGUUCAACUCAUCCGACUCAGAAAGUAUUAUGUAAUUUUGCAGACGAUAGAAGGCUAGAUUCUGCUUCUUCUUGUACUUUGAGGAGUGCAUCGAACUGAGUUUUUUUGAUAGAAUUUGAUGUUUGCAAAUAUGAGAGCUUGCAGUAGAUGGCGGAUAUUCCUUCUAUCUGUGCCUAUGAUAUUUUUCUUGCCUCAUAUACUAUCAGUAUUGAAGUUGCAGGAGGACUUAUCUGCACAAAAUUUGCACCGAGACAAGCCCAAGAAAUUCGAUCAUUUGGUUCUUGGAGCUGCUGCGGGGGUUGGUUUGCCUGAUCGCCUGCAGUGCGAAGGCACCAGAGCUCUUAAUAGGACACAGUUUUCUACCUUCUCUGAGAAUUCCAUCAAUGGGGACCAGAUAUCCUUUGUCACAGUGUUCACAACUUACAAUUCUAGUGUAGAUGUGCAAAUAGAUAGGAAAGUAAUUGACUUAGUAACUGUGGGGAACAAAUCAUACAACAAGGUGAACAGAUCACUGGCCAUUUUGAAUGUGUUCAUUGAUUUCAUUCAGGCAACCAUGUCCCACAGCAAAGUCAUCAUUCUUACUGAUCCAUCUUCUGAGCUUCCAGUGCACAGAAACAGGGUUACCAUACAUCCCAUUCAAGGUGAAUAUUCACGAGACAGGUUGAUGCUUCAAAGAAUCAGGUCUUACAUUGUCUUUCUAGAGACAAGGCUUGAAGAAUACUCACUGGGGAAGGGACAAAUCAAUCAUUAUAUUUUUACUGACUCAGAUAUAGCAGUCAUUGGUGACCUGGGACAAUUCUUUCGUGACUAUCCGAAUUUCCAUCUGGCUCUCACCUUUCGGAACAACAAGGAGCAACCGCUAAAUUCAGGAUUUAUUGCAGUUAGAGGCACUAUUGAUGGAAUGAAAAGGGCCAAGGCUUUCUUGGAGGAGGUACUCAAAGUCUAUAUCUCGAAGUACAUGAGAGCUUCCAGAAUGCUUGGAGAUCAACUAGCUCUUGCUUGGGUCGUAAAAUCUCAACAUUCCUUUGAUGCAAGAAUGUUUACCAAAAAACAACCCUUUCUACAUGACAUUGAUGGUACCUCAGUGUUAUUUUUACCAUGUGCUAUCUAUAACUGGACACCACCAGAGGGUGCUGGGCAAUUUCAUGGGAUGCCCUUGGAUGUUAAGGUGGUUCAUUUCAAGGGAUCAAGGAAAAGACUUAUGCUUGAAGCUUGGGACUUUUUCUCAUCAUCUAAUUCUGACAUCUCAGAUAUGUUGUGCCUCAUUCUGAAGAGUGGAAGGACAAAGUAUGAUUUUUAAAUUUUGCUUUUUACAGUUUUCAGGCAGAGUUUAUGUCUGUUAAGGAUUUGAUUCAUUCAUUUGUGGAGAAAGAGGAAAGUAUUCAUGCCAGUGGAGCUUUGGCAUUCUAGAAGCCUGCACUUUAACUUGGCACAAAGGAAAAAGCCAUCCUUUGGCCUUCAGUUCAUUGUUUGGUGUCGUCGGUUGGCUGGUGAUCUUUUUCGUCUUUCCUACUCUCUUGAGCAUGGAAAUCAAAUCGUGUACCGAACAAAUGCGGAAUAGAUUCCAUUGUGAGAUCUGAGUUUUCUGCAGUUACUAACCUUGAAUGUUCUACUAAGCCCCAAAGCUCUUGCAAAAGCAAUACGAGAAUUGCAUUUUAGAGUUUGGGCUUGCGUUUGAGCUGACAGGUUUUCUACAUUUCUGCAGAUUUUACAUGAUUGUUACGAGCCACGCGACAUGCAAAUGUACACUGUACGGACUUUUUCCAUGUUCUUUCACAUAAACGCCAUCUUUCUUGUA